UUUGGGAUCAAUGCUUUCGCCUACACAUCACAGCGCGUAUUGGAAAGGCUCUGUAUGGGUGAUUGCUUGCUCCAUCAAUCCAGCUGUAACAAAACACAAGAGUCAUUUCCUCAGCCGCUGCCCUCGCCCCCGUCUCCUCUUUGUGCGGUAUAAAGAGUAUACGAUUCCAAUUUCUCCUCCUUCUCAUUGUGCAAAAGUUCUUUUUGGGGGGGGGGGGGGGGAAUUCAAGCUUUUUUUGAAGCGCAGAAGUUUGUUUGAGAUCGUUUUACAAAAGCGAUGGCGGGCGUCAGGCUGAGUGGUUUGAGGGUCUUUAUGGAUAUCCUCUGGGGGACCGGAAAGGCUCGCUCAGGAUGCGCCGUCAGGACAGAGCGCCUGCGAUGGUACAUGAUGAUUCUUCCAGGAGGCCAUGCCAGGCAGCCCAGAGAACAUCCCCCUGGGAGAGUGCUCCCUCUCCCAGUCCCGGGACCAGCUGACGCCCCCGAGCCGCACAGAGUCCACGGUGUUCAGCUUGGCGCACAGCGAGUCCGCCUGGACCAAGGAGAACCCCCGACCGAGCGAGGACAAGUGGGAGGUCUUCUGGUUCCCCAUCCACCUCAUGUCCACGGGGGGCAGCUUCCUCGCGUGCGGCAUCAUCAUCAGCGGGCUGUACUUCGCCGGACACUGCAGGAAGGUGACCAACAUCCUGGGCCCCGCCCUGCUCUCCAUCGGCAUGAUGGUCUUCGUGGUGGGCGUGGUCCUCAUCCCCAUCACCAAGGAGAACAGGAAGCUGUCGAACACGAAGAAGCCGUUCCAUUACCACAGGCAGCCCACGUUCAACCUGUGACGAGAGAAAGAAAAAAAAAAAAAAAAACUGCAGACACUGGAGUGAGACGAUUUCCUUUUUCCGGCAUGGAGCGAAAUUAUUUGAAGACUCAUUGUGGUGACGUUUACGUUUAUUUGAUUGAUUCUUGCAGGAUUUGGUGCACUUAUCUCCGUCCCAAGUGUGCAUGAAAACAUUUGCAUCGAUAAAACAAAAAAAAAAGGAAAAAAAAAAAAAAAAGGUGCAAGCACAAGGACAACAGUGUGCUUAUUACUUACACACAAUUUAGUGCAGAUACUUGAAAGCAGGCGCGUCCUUCUGAAUAUUUAUGAGGGGGGGGGGGGGGAGUGGAC